AAGCGAAAGGUCGAGUGGACAGGUAGGUGGAUGGUCAUGGCCAGAGAUUAAUGGCAGAAUGUUGUUGUUAUUAUAUUUGUUAGGAGAAAAAGUCCACUGGAGAGAAUCCCAUUUCCAAAAGAUUACGCUUAGAAAAAAGAAAAGAAAAGGACUAAUUCAUUGCUUGCACACCAAUUCAAAAAUCAACCUUGAAGAUCCGUGAGAUUCUGAAAGAUAUCUGGUCGGAUCUUGCUUUCCCAAACCAUCAAUCUCCUGGUUAUAUUUUCCCAUGGCUUCAACCCACAAACCUCCGUUCCCAACAUUCUUCUUUUCUCUUCAAUUCUGGAUUUCUGGUUCCACUCUGCAAUGGCUUGUGUGGCCACUGAUGCCAAGUUCCAUGUUCUGGCAGUUGAUGAUAGCCUCGCUGACAGGAAGCUGAUUGAAAGGCUUCUCAAGACCUCUUCUUACCAAGUUACUGCUGUGGAUUCUGGAAGCAAGGCUCUGGAGUUCCUGGGCUUGCAAGAUGAUGAACACAGAGAUUCAUACCAUCAACAACUGCAAGUAAAUUUGAUCAUCACAGAUUACUGUAUGCCUGGGAUAACUGGCUAUGACCUCUUAAGAAAGAUCAAGGAAUCCACAUUUCUGAAGGACAUACCAGUGGUGAUCAUGUCAUCAGAAAAUGUGCCCUCCAGAAUAAGCAGAUGCUUGGAAGAAGGAGCAGAAGAGUUUUUUCUGAAGCCAGUUCAGAUGUCAGAUGUGAAUAAGCUGAGGCCUCAUCUAAUGAGAGGAAAAGCCAAGGAAAUGCAAUCCAUCAACUGCAUGAGAGAGGGCAUUGAAGAUAUUCAUUCACGUGAUAGAACAAGAUCAUGAUCCAAUAAUUUUGAUCUCAUCUAGAUUUUUUCUUUUUCUUUUUCCCACUUCUUUGUUCUUAUUUAUUUAAGCUUAACUUGGGUAAAUUUUUUGACAUUAGAAAUGUUCGUGCCUAUGUAAAUGUUGAUAGAAAAGGAAGAAAUACAGUUUUUUGUUCACUUCUUUGCCUCUUUCUUUAGUUUAUUGUCCUUUAUUUUUUCUCAUACCAGCAAUCAUGUAAUGGGGAUCAAAUUUUCUGAAUAAUUUUGGGUAGAAAUGCAGCAUAAUCUUCUAUCAUUUAU